AUGGACACAAGCUCCAGUGCGAGGCAUGCUGAUCAACUCUCUGUCGUUCACCUGAGCCACCUCCACGAGGGUGUGCUCCAGCUGCGUGAGCACCUGCGAUCCGCUCUCCUCGACGACAGCCCACAGACGGAGAUGAUCGUGUACACCCGACUCUACCAACUCUACCGAGACUUCUACCUGCCGUUCUUUGUUGCCAAGUCGCAUAUCCCAUCCCGGUCGCCACCGGGCGCCGGCUCAGCGCCUUCGCUGGGUGCACGCCCGGCUGCUUCAGCUGAGGCGCGGUUUAUCAUGGCCACCUACACACAGGAUGUGCUGGCUGCCUGUGUGUACCUGCUGGAUCCGGCGUCGCUGCCUGCCACCUACAUUGUAACCUUGACACCACCUGCGUGCGAAGAAGCGCACAACGAGGCCAAUGCGUCCAGCGUCUACAUCAGCGCCGCGCAACGCCGCUUUUGCGGACGCGUCUUUGUGUACACGUGCUGGUCCAGCGCAGCCCUUCCCUUGCACAUGGUGCUGCAGGCACUCUACCCUCUGCUCGAUCCAGGAGUGUCAGGCACGCCACCGGCAACGGCCACAACGCUGUUGACACCUACCAGCCCUCCCCGGGAGCGACAAGGCCCGAGUCUGAUUGAGAACCACAUCGCCGCUGACUUGUUUUCGCAAGAGCGUUUCGCUAGUCGAAAGCGGCUCCUCAGGGAUACGUUGACCGGUCUCGUACUUACGCGGGCUAACGGUGUGCGAGCGCUGUUUCGCGUGCUUCUGCUGAACGACAGGGUGACGCCUGAGAUGACCGGUGAGGCGGCGCAGUUGCUGGUGCAGCUGCUGACGUCGCCAGUCUUCACGCUGUGGCAGCAGCAGCAGCAGCAGCAGCAGCAGCUGGGCGAGACUCUUGGCCACCGCAGCCCCUUCUCGGGAGCGGGCGAGGAGGAAUGCGCUGCGGAAGUUGUCGUGACACAUGUGACGACGGCCUUGUCGGUCGAGGACCAAGUGCGGCUGCUCGCUCCGCAGCUGCUUGCGCUCCUCGAAGAGCACGCGGACGCCACCUCAGCUGUUUCGUCGGAAUCGUGUACCGCCGCUCGGCCUCGUUUCCUGGCUCGCCUCGAUGCAGCGCGUCUGCGACUGCCCGCCGAAACCCUAGAGCAGCGCCUGCAUCUCGCCACAGCGAUGCUGCUCAACGCCCUGACGCGGCUCCCGCCCCGCGACAAGCACGACUUUGCGCGCUCCUAUCGGCAGUUCUUCUACACAAACAAGUUUGUGCUCUCGCCCGGAUUUGGGUGCCUAUCCCUGCGCAGCGACACCGAUGUCGUGGAAAACGACGCCAUCGCAGCGCUCCUUCGCCUGCGAUCGCUCAUCAAAGGGGUAUCGUCGGGCGCCGGAAGCGGGGUCAUGGCACACUUGCUUCCCGCUACUGCUGCCGGGCUUUUGAGCAUCUGUGCCGUGCUUGCUAGCAGCGGUGACGGCGACGAUAAUGCGGCGCAGUUUGUUUCGCCGUCCUUGCCCGCGGCACUGCGGAGCCUCUUUACAGAGCUGCUAUCAAACCCGUCCCUCUACGACCUGUGCGCACGCGCCUUGGUGAACGCGUGCGGCAAGGCACAUGCUCACUGUUACCUGCCAGGAAACGCUGCGCAGCCGCGUCUGCGCUACACAAGGGACGUUUGUGGGCGUGAGCGUCUUGUCACUGGCCUGCAGUGGUUGCUGCUGGAUGUCGCCGCCACCACACCUGGCUUCGUGCACGCGUGCGUGGAUGUCAUGGUGGAGGCAUGCCACCUGGAGCUCUUUGCUGCCGGUGUGGAGAACGUGACUGUGUCGCCGGCGCUACGGCUGACGGAAACGACAUCGCUCGUCAAUGCACCCAAAACGGAGGGCGACACGUCCCCGCUGAUUGCUCUGCUAGAACGCCUUUCAUUGGAGGCAACACCAGAGGCCCUCUUCGGUUCCCGUGGAGCGUCUCUCGCCUCCACGCUGGAGUUGCUGGGCCGCAUGCUGGGACUCUCGGGCGUGCUGCACCGAUGGGCUCUGGGGCUGGUGGAGCACCUUCUCGCAGCUUCCAGCGUCGAGGCGCACCUCGGCGGAGGCGACACUCGAGCGGAGCGGUGGCAAAAUCUAUCUCGCCUGCAACGGUGCGGCCGCAACAUCCUCGCGUCUCUCACACUGUUGAGCACGUCCACGCCGCGUGGUGGGACCUGGCAUUCAGUCAUUUUGACUGAUGACGCGCAGCUGUCGCUCAUCGCCGGUGCUCGGCAGGUGCUGGGCGCCUUUCUCGAGCGCAUCGAGGAGCACCUGGCAUCGUGCGAGGCGGUGGCGCAGCUCUCGCACGGCAAACAGCACAGGCAGGGCGAGGCGAUCACUGCAGUUCGCGCGGAGUGGGAGCAGCUGGCGGAGAAACUUCGGGCGGCACUAGAUAGCCGCGUCGCGAUCGACGUUGCCGUCACCCUCGCGACGCUUGCCCGCGGCGUCGACGAUGUGGUCUGUGAGGUGACCGAUCCGCAGCCCCUGUACGAUACCACACAGCGCCUACUGCGACUCCUUGUGCGCGUGCUGUUCGAGGCAGACGACGUGGGCGCCGCGGUGCGCGCCGUUCACUGCGUAACGUGGCUGGGAAUGUACCGCUUCGACUCCAAGGACUCGACCUACAUGGCGGACGUGAUGUGGUCUGUGCUAGCGGAGAAUCACCUGCCGCCGUGGUUGGCGGCUUCAGUAGGGUACACAGUCACCACGCAGGCGGCUACCGCGUCGCGACUAUGCCGCCUUCGCGUGCGUGUGCUCGACAUUCUCCUGUCGUUGACGGACUACGAUGAGGACGACCGCACGCUGCGCAACCUCGACGACUCACUGCGGCGCAAGCACCACGCAUCCCUGUACGAUGUUCUCGUCGCCCUCUGCUGCGCCACGCAAGACGCGUUCGUACAGGUGGCGGCCUUGCAUUUUAUAGGCACCUACGCGCUGGCCAUGCAGCCACGCGUUCCCGUUUCCGCUGUCUGCAACCUAUGCCGGGACGUGUUUCGACUAUCACGGCACGAGAUGGCGAAGGCCGCUUGCGCUGCGGCAUUGGGCAAAAUUGUCGCGUCGCUGUGCCACCCCUCCGACGCCACGCUGCUCGUGCUGUCGGAGCUGGACAUCGACACACUCCAAACGCUAGCGUUGGCCAUGUCCUCAUAUCGCGGGCGGCCUUACGUAGAAGGUAACGUGAGCGUGACGGCGCCCGCGAUAAGCGCCGCGGCGGAGGCGGACUUGCAUGAUGAGGUAAUACGGCUACACGGUCGGGAAAUGCUUGCGCUCUUGCGAAGGACAUUCGUCGGCGUUGGUGGUACUCGAGCCGACGCUGCUCCCGCUGCUGCGGAUGACCUCCGUGUCUUGAGCCUGCGCGUGUCAGAGCUGUGA